AUGCAGGCCAGACAAGGCUAUGAGGGGCUGGAGCAGAAGCUGAAGGAGGUCUUCACAGAGCGGACUGGCAUCCUGCGUCAACUCUCCAAGACUACAAAGGAACUGGACAGCAUAAAAGGCAACCUUCAGACACUGAAAAAUGAUGACUCCGUGGCCAAGAAGGAUGUCCAGAGAAUCCUGGAACUCAGCCACAAGCAGAGGGAAGAGAUGAAGUCCCUCCAAACUGCAUUGCAGAAGCAGCUGGACGAGGCAACGGAACAGGCCGAGAAACAGCAGGCCACAAUCAAGUUCCUCAAGAUGGAGAUGGAGAAAAAGACCAAAAUAAUCAAGGACCUGCAACAGGAGAACAAGAGCUUGAAAAAUAAACUGCUAUCUGGCAACAAACUGUGUGAUGUCCAUGCAGAAGAGUCCAAAAAAAUCCAGGCUCAACUGAAAGAGCUGCGGUACGGGAAAAAGGAUUUAAUUUUCAAGGGACAGCAGCUAAUGGAUCUGGAGCACAAGUUAACCAUUGCCAAAGAAGAGUUGGAAAAGGCCGCACUGGACAAGGAGUCUCAGUUGAAGGCACUGAAGGACACAGUGCACAUCUGCUUCUCUGCUGUUCUGCACAACCAGCCCACCAGCAGCCACAGGUUCCCCGCCACCCCCACCCACUUGUUCAGAUACUCCUCACUCGUCAACAGCUCCAGAGUCACCUUUCAGCAGCCACACGCCAAGGAUAUCCCGAAAGUUCAGAGAAUCAUCACGGCCAGUAAAUCGCCUGCGAACAUUGGGGUAAUGAGGAGAGAAAGUAAUCCCGGAGUCAAGGACUGCCAGAUGGAAAAGUGUUACACCGCCACUGCGGCUAAUUUCAGAUCACAGGAUCUGGGUCAAUCAAAGACUAGUCUGUGA